AGUGAAGUUCCAGGUGGGCGGUGUUUCUCCUUCUACCUCGGUUCAUAGACAGGUAUCAGAUCACUGAGUACCACACAAGAUAUUACAGCGACUUUAUGGGGAACAAGAACUAGCGGUAGACCUUCAUCAGUGAGCAGAGUGUGUGUGGAGUCUGUGUGAGGUCUGGUCAGGAUGGAAGAAGAGAUGCAUGGAGCUGCAGCUGAACCGGCUGCUACACCAGCAACUGACGCUCCAGAGGUACCACGCCGAGGCCGAGGCAGACCACGCAAACCACAGCAGGAUCCUGUUGAACCUCCUGCUCCCAAAAGGCCACGUGGAAGACCCAAAGGGAGUAAGAACAAGACUGCUCGGACUACACUCAAAGAGCCACCAAAAGAAAAGAGACCUCGAGGCCGACCAAGGAAAUGGCCUCAAAAACCAAUGCAGCAAAAAGAGCAAGAGCUCGAGGAAGAAGAGGACCAGCCGCACCUGCCAUCGCCACACGACAACUGAGGCUCUGAGGCGCCAUCAUUUGAGCUGUGUGCAAUAGGCUGCCUUUAAACAGUUCUAUCCAGCAUUCUCACAAAGGUGUGCUAUCAAUUACUUGACAAAAAAGAUACACAAAUUCACAAAGCACAGAUGCAAAAAAAUAAAUAAAUAAAAGAUACAACUACAUGUGCACAUGACAAGGUGAUUUGAGGUUUGGAUUGUAAACUGGAUUUGGGACUCCCAUCCAUCUGUCUAUACAUCUUAGGUUUUCUACAUCUCGUAUUUGAAAGAAAACAACGUCCUACAGGUGCUUUCAGUAUGACUUGAAAAACACUUUUACUUAUCUUAUAGUACAGUAUAUCUGAUCUUGUACUAAAUGAGUCACUACUGUACCUUUUCGUGUAAUUAAUGCAACACCGGCUAUUUUAAUUUUUUUCCACAUUUACGUUUAUUCAUUUGGCUGACAUUUAUACUAAGCAGCUUACAAUACAGAUACAACUGAGCGGUUGAUGAAUAUGGGUCUUGUUUAAGGACAAAACUUGGCAGUGCCAAGUGUUUAGACUCCUAGGUCAAAGCCUUUGCCAAUGAGACACCACUUGUCCACAUAAGUCCACUAAUAAUAAUAAUAA